AUGGUCCGGCCGGAGUCGAUAUCAGUUGCAAUUGUGGGCAGUGGCCCUGGAGGCCUUGGAGCCGCCAUUGCACUCUCUGCAUUGCCAUUCCUCGAGGUCACCGUUUACGAAAAGAAUCCAGAGCCUCGAGAAGCAGGUGCGGGGAUUAGCCUAAGCACAAAUGCAUGGAAGGUGCUUGAUUUGUUAGGGGCCAGCAGCGCAGUCACCGGAGGAUCCAAGUCGAAUACGCACCAAAGGAAUGCCUACACAGGAAAAAUCUUGAAUGUCAUGCAGCACCCUGAAAAUUCUGCUGCGGAUCAUCGGGGAUCUAUUCGCGCUCGCCGAACCCGUCUUCAAUCGGCACUCUUGGCGAGAGUUCAUCCCGGAAUGAUUAAAUUCAAUAAAAAGCUACUCGCAUUGGAAAAUAUAGAGGAAGGCGGAGUACGAUUGAGAUUUCAAGAUCAGACAGAGACAGUGGCCGAUAUCAUCGUUGGCGCCGAUGGAAUCCAUUCUGUGGUGCGGAGAGCUUUGUUCCCAGAUCAUGGGCUCCGGUUUACUGGGAAUACGGCAUGGCGUGUGUUGGUUCCAAAGUCGCGCUUGAUUCAUCUUCCCGACAUAACUUCCACGACGGCCUGGUGGUGGGGUGAGACAGGACAUGUGUAUUUUUCGGAUGUUGAUGAUGACACAUAUGAAGACCCAUUGUUUGAAAUCACUGUACGAUCAUAUAAUGAGCCCGAUGUUCCUGGUGAAACGGUCUGCUGGGGUAUUCCUGCCACUAACAAGAAAGUGCAAUCGCGCGUAAAGACCUUUGAUAAGCGAGUUCAAGAUGCAGUGGGGGUGGUUGAAGAGACAGAAUGGAGAGAAUUCGCUACUUUCGCCGGGCCUCGCCUGAACCAUAUCACAGGAUGGAAUAAAGUUGCUCUUAUUGGAGACGCUAGUCAUCCUCUUUCGGGAGCAUUUGGCUCUGGUGCGACAUUUGCCAUGGAAGAUGGCUGGAUUCUGGCCCGCGCGCUUGAACACACCCAAGGGUCGUUGCAGCCGGUGAGCGAUGCACUCGAUAUUUUCAGCUUCAUCCGUUCCCCUUAUUAUGAGAAGAUGUAUCAGCAUCUAGACGGAAUCCGUGAAAACCUGGAGAUUUUGAAAACAGAGAGCAAAGGUUUUGACGAAUUCUUGGUUCGCAAAAUUGACCAUUUUCUUUAUGGAGAUAAGGAUUUCAUUUACAAAAAUGACAUCGCUCGAGGCACGGGGAUAACCACCGAAUUCCCCAGAACAGAGACUAUUUACGCUGCAAUGAAUUAA